GUGAAAAAUGAAAAAGUAUUCAGGAAAGCAAAGAAAGGAGGGGAGUACAAUCCUCCAAUAUAUUUUCUAAGGCAAAAUAGCGACACAGAUAGAACUUCUACUCAAGGAUGAGUAAAUAAGCAAUCUGGCCUUAGAUCUCUGUAAAUACGCUAUGUCAAACAAAAAGAAGGACAUAGACUUCAGAAGUGAAGUUCAAAUACAGAAUACAUGUGGAAACUCAAAAAAAACCAGAAAACUUUUGCAAAAGGUCUUUGUAUUCUGAAAAGAACAAGGAGCUGUCAAUGAGAUUACUGAAGAUAGAAGGAAGAAUGACAUGGAGAAAAACUUAUGAUGGUGAUAUCUUUUUCCAGUUCUUGAAGUUCCUUCAUCUAGCUCCAAGUCAUCUUGGCAGUCACAGACAUGAUGCUGCCUCGCAUGGACCUCCCCAGCAUGUCCUGGAUGCUGCUCUCCUGCCUGAUGCUCCUGUCUCAGGUCCAAGGUGAAGACUCCCCGAAGGACGUGCACAGUCCACGGAUCAGUUGUCCCAGGGGCUCCAAGGCCUAUGCCUCCCACUGCUAUGCCUUGUUUAUGACACCAAAAUCCUGGAUGGAUGCAGAUAUGGCCUGCCAGAAGAGGCCCUCGGGACACCUGGUGUCUGUGCUCAGUGGGGCUGAGGCAUCCUUUGUGGCCUCCCUGGUCAGGAACAGUGCAAACAUCCACUCAAACGUCUGGAUAGGGCUCCAUGAUCCUACAGAGGGCUAUGAGCCCAAUGCAGGUGGAUGGGAGUGGAGUAGCACGGAUGUGCUGAACUACGUUGCCUGGGAGAGACACCCCUCCACCAACCCUAACCCCGGCUACUGUGGGAGUCUGUUAGCAAGCACGGGAUAUCUGAAAUGGAAAGAUUUUAAGUGUGGUGCGAUGCUUCCUUAUAUCUGCAAGUUCAAGGACUAGGUCUGGUGGGAUGCCAGGAGCCUGAGUUUUGCGUGCAGUUCAUCAUGGAUAUGGAACCAAGUGUGACAGCCCACCCAGAAGGGAAUACUCUCCCAUACCUUCAAAGUUGACCACCUCACUUGGCCUUCCCUUCUCCUCAGCCUCGUUUCAAACUCUUCUGUAUCUUCUAUAUAAUGAGUUUCA